UUAUGGUUCCAGCUUCACUUCAGAGAUGAUCCAGUUGAGACUGGUGACACUGGCUGCACUGUUCUGCUCUCUUCUUAGUGCUGAUGGAGGGAAAGUCCUUGUUUUCCCUGUGGAUGGAAGCCACUGGGUCAACAUGAAAGUCCUCAUCCAAGAGCUCCACUCCAGAGGUCACAACAUCACAGUGAUCCGGCCUGAAAACAGCUGGUAUAUCAAAGCAGAGUCCCAUCACUACCAGUCAAUCACCCUCGAUGUUGCUCCUGGAUUUGAUGUGAACAACAUGAAUAAUUUUACAGCAAGAAUGCUGCAACUCCGGCGUGAGGUCCAUAGUUCAACUUCAGCUUUCAUCAAAGCUGGAGACGAAUUUAUGGUGAUGAUGGAUCGUGUUCACAAAGCCGUGGUUGAUAAAUUGCAGAAGAUUUUUGAGGAUGCUAAACUGAUGCAGUUCUUCCAAGAGGCCAAGUAUGAUGUUGUUCUGACUGACCCCUUCCUUGGCGGAGGGGUUCUUCUGGCUCAUCGGUUGGGUCUGCCUCUGGUCUUCAAUGUACGAUGGACAGUCAUGGAAGACGGACAUCACACAGUUGCUCCCUCACCGCUCUCAUACGUUCCCAUACCAGGCAGUGAACUGACUGAUAGGAUGAGUUUUUGGCAAAGGGUGAAAAAUGUUUUCUUCUCAUUAAUGGUACUUAAUGUCCAGGUGAUAAUAAAAGACUCUCACUACACACCAUUUGUCCACCGUCACUUCGGUCCUGAUGUCCACUAUGAUGAGCUUGUUCAGGCAGCAGAUGUUUGGCUGAUGAGAACUGACUUCACCUUUGAGUUCCCUCGUCCCACCAUGCCCAAUGUUGUCUACAUGGGCGGGUUUCAGUGUAAACCCUCCAAAGCGCUUUCUCAAGAUCUGGAGGACUUUGUCCAGAGCUCUGCAGAGCACGGUGUCAUUAUUAUGAGCUUGGGGACCUUGGUGGGGAAUCUCCCUGAGGAUAUAGCAGAACAUGUGGCUGCUGCUUUUGCACAGUUGCCUCAGAAGGUCAUCUGGAGGCAUACCGGGAAGAGACCGUCCACCCUGGGAAACAACACCCUGCUGCUGGACUGGCUGCCCCAAAAUGACCUCUUAGGACACCCAAAGACCAGAGUGUUUGUGGCUCAUGGAGGCACCAAUGGACUUCAAGAGGCCAUCUACCACGGAGUUCCCAUCGUCGGCAUUCCUCUGAUGUUUGACCAGGAUGAUAACCUGUUCAGGAUGAGAGCGAGGGGCGUUGCCAAAGUGCUGGACAUCAACACGUUACACAAAGACAACUUCCUGGAGGCGGUGAAGGAGGUGCUUCACCAGCCGUCCUACAGGGAGAACAUGCAGGAGCUCUCCAGGCUGCACAGAGACCAGCCCCUGAAACCUCUGGACCGAGCCAUGUUCUGGAUCGAGUUUGUCAUGAGACACAAGGGAGCAGCUCACUUAAAGACUGACUCCUACAAGAUGUCUUGGAUUCAGUACCACUCCAUCGAUGUAAUCACACUGUUGCUAGUGUCAGUCACGCUGAUGUCACUGAUUUGCAUUUUAACAGUGAAAUGUUUGUGGUGUAAAGUGUUUGGUAAGAAGAAAAAAACCCCCAAAUAAUAUAGAUACACUAUCCUCUCAGUUGAGUGGAGGUUUUCUGCAACACAGGGAGAAAGAUGAUGAAGAUGUAUUAAACUCAGUACUAAUCUGUGUCUUGGACAACUGAGUUUUAACAAUAAUAUGCAUUGAAAAAAGUGACAAACUGGAAAUAAAAUAUCCAGUGUUCAAAAUGACUGUGAACAAAACGUGUAAUUUGUCUCCAUCUUGUGGCGUUCACAAGAAGAACAA